UAAGCCCAGCAUCUGUAGAGGAUACCUGAUAGACAAAUGAUAAAAGGACUGCAUACCUUCUUGUUUUCACUGGAUUAUAAUUCUCUGGAAAAUUAUUAAGUGAGAGGUGUUAUGCUGGCCAGCUCACUUCUGAUAAAGUUUAUGGCCGAAGGCAUUUCCACGACAGAGCCUAUUCCAAAGACCAGCCUGCUUCUUGAGAAAACUUGAUACCUGUUCUCACCACUUCUUAAAGACGUGAAGAUGGUUGUCGUCAAACGGACAGAUGUGAUAAUGCCCUCUGCAGGGAUUAAGUUCUUUGGAGCUGGCACGGCAGCUUGCAUUGCUGACCUCAUCACCUUUCCGCUGGAUACCGCCAAAGUCAGGCUACAGAUUCAGGGCGAAUCCCAGAAAGUUGCAGGGCCCAGUGCAGUGAAGUACCGGGGAGUGUUCGGCACCAUCACUACCAUGGUGCGCACAGAGGGAGCCAGGAGUCUUUACAAUGGGCUGGUGGCCGGACUCCAGAGGCAAAUGAGCUUUGCCUCUGUCCGCAUCGGCCUCUAUGACUCCAUGAAGCAGUUCUACACUCGAGGCACAGAGAAUGCUGGGAUUAUUGUUCGACUCAUGGCGGGUUGUACCACCGGAGCCAUGGCUGUGGCUUUUGCUCAACCGACAGAUGUGGUGAAGGUGCGUUUCCAAGCUCAGGUACGACUGACCGACGGUGGGAGAAGGUACAACAGCACGCUGGAUGCCUACAAGACAAUUGCAAAAUAUGAGGGAGUGCAGGGACUUUGGAAAGGCUGCAUGCCAAACAUCACCCGUAACGCCAUUGUUAACUGCGCAGAGCUGGUCACCUAUGACAUAAUCAAAGAACUCAUCCUGAAGUAUGACCUGAUGACAGAUAACCUGCCCUGUCACUUCACAGCCGCCUUUGGCGCUGGCUUCUGCACAACGGUGGUGGCUUCGCCUGUGGAUGUAGUCAAAACAAGGUUCAUGAACUCAGGAAAUGGUCAGUACUCCAGCGCCAUCAACUGCGCACUCACGAUGCUGAAACACGAAGGAGCCGCAGCGUUCUAUAAAGGGUUCAUGCCUUCUUUCCUGCGACUGGGCUCUUGGAAUGUUGUGAUGUUUGUGACCUAUGAACAAAUUAAAAGAGGCCUGACCAGAGCUCACCAGUACUGGGAGUCACCCUUUUGACCUCAAGCCUAAAGCAAUCUAACCUGCAGCACGAUGCAACAAAUGCUCCAUCAUGGCUACAAAUGAAGAGGGCCCAAAAGAGGACGUUGCAUGACGAUGCGGCUCACUGACAAGUUUUUGAUGUGGCUCAGAGGUGGACUCGGUGUGUUGUUGAAUGGCAAGAGCUCAAGAACAUUAACACAAAACCAGGAUGAUUUGAAGAGACAUUUGUGGAUUUCAGAGUCAACUUCUUCAUCUCAAGUUGACAUAUUUAAAUCUUGACCCACUGGUGGGUUUGCGAUAAACUUUGAUGUUUACUGAGAUGAACUGAAAGAUCACAUGAACUGUGUUGUUUUGUAACGCAGGUUAUUUAGGGUCAUUUUCCAUGAGUAUAGAGAUAAUUUUUACUGUAUGGCACUUUCUUCAGUUUGCACUGUGGAUUGUUUAUCGUUUACCAUUGCUGCCGGUACAUCGAUCAGCAUUUAUUAUUGAAUGUA